AUGGCAGCGCCAGCAGAGUUGACGGAAUUCGUAAAACCCAAAAGCCUGGCUUUCCGCGUUAACGGUAUCCCAAUCGACCACGCCGAUAAGUUCGAAUCCACCCUGAGGUCUAUUGCUGAGCAGAUCCCAGUCCUGCGUGAAGCCACCGAUUCCAUAAUCUGUCGCUCUUUGGCACGACAAAACAACAGGUUCAGCUGCGCUACCGUCUCGAUCAUUACGUCGCUUUCUGCAGACGAGCUAUCCGCACAAUUGAAUCGGUUUGGGGGCAGCCCCCGAUACCGCUACAGCUGCAAGUUCGAAGGCAUUACGCCGUUGUACGAUGGCAAAGACGACGCCGAUGUGGACGUUAUAGCAGUACCCGGACUUGGAAGCCACGCACUCGGCUCCUGGAAAUCCCCAAACAGCGACGACUUCUGGCUCCGCGACUUCCUUCCCGAGGACGUACCAAACAUCCGAGUGCUGCUUUACGGCUACGACACCACACCGGCGAACAGUCGGUUGAAACAGUCCAUCGAGGGUUUGGGCGUCACUUUUAUGGAACAAAUUAUCGCUUUUCGGGCGGAAGAUGGGACUUUUCGCCGUCCGGUUGUUUUUAUCGGCCACAGCCUCGGCGGGUUGCUGGUUAAAGAGGCGCUUGUCCGGGCUUGCAACCGAAAUAACGAUGAGAACACAAACCUAUCCAAAGCCUGUUUUGGGAUGCUUUUCUUUGGCGUGCCAAACCUCGGCCUGCAAAAUGAACAGUUGAUAACUCUUGUUGGAGGGCAGCCGAACCAAUCCUUAAUUCACGCUCUGCUCGUUGACAGCGACUCUGAACCAUCGAAUUUCUUGAAAAGACUUGGCGAUGAGUUUUCUAGGUGCUGCAAAGGUUGCUAUCGAAUAGUGACUUUCUUCGAGCGCAUGCUUAGUCCGACGCUGGAGGACCAAAAUGGGAAAUGGAAAAAGACGGGCCCCUUGACUUUACUGGUUACAGAGAAAUCUGCUACCAGUACAGGCUUGGUUGCCGCAGCCGAUGAAGAUAACGUCCCCCUUAACAGAGAUCAUUCUGGGCUUGUCAAGUACGAAUCUAGGGACGAAGGCGACUAA